AUGUUCAAGAAACUACGAUCAAACUCUACUGUAUCACAUAAUAGAAGAACAUCCACUAGUGAUUCUCAACAACAACUGGUACGGGGUAAUCAUGAAUUGCGAAGACACAGCCAACCAAACCCAAUUAUCAAUUAUGAAGUAUUACAUUCUACAUCUACAGCAAAUGGGAGGAAUCACGUUCGUCAAAAUGAUUCUGAAUCAGCUAUAAUUGAUGAAUCUACUGAUCAAGAAAUGUCACCAUUAACAACGACUCAAAGUAAUCAAUCGACAGCAUUAUCUGAGGCAAAUACAUUGUUUAUUGAUAGACAUCAACGACUAGAGUUACAAGAUAAUUAUCUAGAUAAUUUUACAAUGUACUUACCAUUUGUGAUUAGACAAAUGCGAUUAAUUGAGGAAAGACGAUAUCUAGAAUCACAAGAGUAUCGUAAUGAAAAUGAACAAACUAGCGACAAUAAUGAUCCAUUACAACAACAACAACAACAACAACAACAACAACAACAACAAACUUCGCAUCAUGUUGUAAUACCCGAUAUUACAGGUGAUGAUUUAGAUGAUAUUUCUACCAUAUUUGAUGAAGCUCAUGUCCCAUUAGAAACUUUUGCCAUGAAUCAUUAUAAAAUUCUUGAAAAACAAUUAUCAUCAUUUGAUAUUAAACGACUGUUUAUAAUUGUUGCUGGUAUGUUAAAACAUAAUACUUAUAUAUUCCCUAGUGCUGAAUCAUUUGAAUUAUUUAAACAACUACGAUCGAGCAUUAAGAAACAUCGCAAGAAUCUGAUCAUAGUAUAUGACAACCAAGGAACUAUUAAACGAGCAUCAUUGACACCAUCGACAAUAAAUAUCAAACGAGAGGAUAUAAAUCAAGAAAGUGAAGGAAUAAUAAUUGAUGAUAGACCCCAUAUUAUUCCAUUAGAUCAAAAACUAAAAGGAUUAGGAUUACCAUUGUUUAAAAUUCAAACCCCAUAUUUAUCUUCAUUUCGGAAAAACACUCCAUGUAUAAUUUUCCAAAGAUAUAAAGAAGUUCCUCAACCUCCACCAGCACCACCACCUGCGUCACCAGCAUCAUCGUCGCUGACACCGUCAUUAUUAUUAGCAUCAUCAUCAUCGACUCUGUCAUUGGCAUCAUCGUUACCAGGAAAAAUAAAAGUGAAAAAAUCCCCUUCAAAAUCAUCUGAUGAAUAUACUUCAAGUAAAGAUGAUUUUGAAUUUGAAACAUAUAAUUUUUGUCAAGUAUAUUCCAAAUAUUUUCAAUCAUAUCGAAGAUUUAUAUUUGAAUUCACACCAUUGGAUCAACCAAGCUUUAAAGUCAUUAUGUUUCAAAGUAAUUUACGACCAUUUGCUGAUUUUUUAUAUAAAAAGACUCGUUUUAGAGUAAUUGGUCCAGCAAUGUUACUGGGUGUUAUACAAAAUUAUAAUCCUCAUAUGAGAUUAUUAGUAAUAGAUGAUGAUAAACCUUCAUUAGUCGAUAAUAUAAUCAAUAAAAAACCCCAUAGUGGCUCAAAUACCUCCAUUGCCACAGUGGCCACCAACUCAAUUACUGGUGCCGCGGCUGCUGCUGCUGGAGGAUUAUUUCAUAAACGUAAAUCAAAUGAUAAAAAAUCCAAAACAUAUGUUGAAUUCAAUUAUGAUGAUCCAACCACUUUUAUUAAUCCAAUACCUAAUAAUACAUUUGCUGAUGAAGACAACAACACUAAUAUCGGUCAAGCAAUUAAUACUUCACUGUAUAUAAGCAAUGAUUUACCACCAUUUGGUUGUUUUAAAGAUUCAAUGUUAUAUCGAACCAAUUCUAGUUUAUUACCGAAAAAAUAUACUGAAGAAGGUAAAAUUCAAAUGUAUCAAGAUAAACUGUUUUUAAUUGAUAAAGAUGAAAAUAGCACCCUUUCAAUUGAUAUUGAUUCUAUGGUUCUUGUUUGUAUCAUGGCUACUUUAAGAGAUAUAUCGAUUAAAAAUGCUGGUAGAACAAAUACUCAAAGGGCAUUUGGUAUUGGAUUAGGUAAUAGAAUAGGGUAUGGAUUAGAACCAUCUCAUGUAGGGAUAAUUGGUUUAUAG